AUGGGAGUGGUUCAAAAUGAACACGAGAUUCGGGAAGAGCUGAAGAAUGAGUUGACUUCGUUGGUUAAUGAAGUGGAUUUGAUUCCCGAGUUGGAUCGGAUGUUGGAUGAUUUCAUUGAGAACAAAACGUGGAACGAGGACACCCAAGAACUAUUCACUCGUGUCGUUUUGAAACCCUUUAAGACAUUGAGAACAGCUCUGUUGGUAGUGGAUUUUCAGAAUGACUUCGUUUCCGGAAGUUUGAGUAUUAAGGAAGGAGACGCUGAACAAGAUCCGUUGGAAGCCCUUCCCCAUGUCAACAAUUUACUUCAAAACUUGAAUUGGAAUGUGAUUGUUUACUCUCAAGAUUGGCAUCCAUCCAAUCAUAUUUCAUUUUUCGAACACGCAAGAAAUCCUGAUAGAGAAUUAGCUCCGGAGGAUAAAAGUCGGAAACUGAGACCGUUCGAUAUUGUGAGAUUCGUUAAACCAGUUUCCACUAUUCAGGUUUUGUAUCCGAGUCAUUGUAUUCAAGGAGGAUGGGGAUCUCAAUUGCAUUUGGGGCUUCAGCGUGUCGAAGGAGCUCACUACAUCAAAAAAGGGGCGGAUGUCUAUGUGGAUGCUUACAGUGCGUUCAGUGACAAUUGUGGAAUCAAACAAUCAGAAUUGGAAAUGUUACUUCGUAAAAACGACAUAAAUGCAGUGAUUGGAUGUGGAUUGGCAUAUGAUAUUUGUGUGAUGCACACCCUGAAAGACGCCUCGAAACAUGGAUUUUUGACUUGUAUUGUCAAAAGUGGAAGCAAAGGACUCUCCUCACUGAAAAUGGACGAGGCUAACAAGAUGUUUCAGAAAAGGGGCGUGGCUAUUAUUGAUGACGAAAUGGCUCAAUUGAUAUCGAGAAGAGAGGCUUUUCCGAUUGAAUGGAUCCGUCUCCUCGUUCAUCAAGCACACAACGAACUCCAUGGAAAGAAAUAA